UUUUUGUCUAGUUUGCGCUAGUGCUGGACGGUGGCUUAUUUUAUAUUUUAAAUUGAAGAUAUCUUACAUGUAACGUUAACACGUUUGACUGAUCAAUAAUUGUUUUUACAUUUAAAUUAACUCCAUAGGCAGCAUAUACAAGCCACAGAUCUUGACCAAAGUGCUUAACAGAGAAAUUAGGUUGGCUAAAAUAAAACAAAAACUAAAAUAGAAAGUAGCUUUAAGAAUAAACUUAAUUUUAAUUAUGACGGUAGUUAAAAUAAACUGGGGUUUGUAUGGUGAGCUCGUUCAAAAGAGUAACUUGGUUAGGUUAAGGACCAAAUGAAUAGUUAAAUAAUUGCCAAGGCUAAUGUUACCUGGAAUAAAAUAGAAGAUGGUGAGUUGAUGCUCUCAAGGCUAGCAUUGUUGUGCCAGUCAAUAAAUCUAAUAUUAUUUUAUAGAGUUCAUAUGUCUUGUCUUACACUGAUGCAUACAAUAUCAUUGUAAUGCUGUAACAUUACAAUACCAUUUUUAUCUACUUCUUGAACAUAUUAGUUGAAUUCUGCGUGUCUUCAUUUUCAGUGUAAUUAAUUUCACAUGUUUUUAUUUUUCAUCAGUUUGAAAUGCCACCACGAAUCAGCCCCCUUAAGGAUGCCAUGCAUCAUGUUGUUUCAAAAACUGACAAAACAUUCAAAUUAGAUGUGAAGUAUAUCAAUGCAGUGAAAGGACGUGGUCUAUUUGCAAAGGCUGCCUUUUGCAAAGGUGAUUUUGUUGUUGAGUACAGGGGAGAUAUGAUAAAUGAAGCAGAACUUCAGAGGAGAAGAAAACGUUACCACGCAUCCUGUGCUGCAUUUAUGUUUGAUUUCAAGUGGCGAGGGAAAACAUGGUGUAUUGACGCGUCAAGGGAAGAUGGAUCGUAUGGGCGUAUCGCUAAUGAUUGCCACAAUCAUCCAAAUUGUAAGAUGAAAAAAAUUGACGUCAAUGGAAAGCCUCACCUUUGUCUGUUUGCCCUGAAUGACAUUAAAGAAGGAGAAGAAAUUGCCUAUGAUUAUGGGGGAGAAGACUACCCAUGGAGAACACAAAUGACCAGAGUUGCUGUUAAAACCAGCACAGUGAAUGCCUCUGAUCCUUCUCUCCAGUCAGUGACUCAGAUGGAUGAAGAAUCUGCUCAAAUCAACUCUCCUCAACAGAUGACCAGAGUUGCUGUUAAAACCAGCACAGUGAAUGCCUCUGAUCCUUCUCUCCAGUCAGUGACUCAGAUGGAUGAAGAAUCUGCUCAAAUCAACUCUCCUCAACAGAUGACCAGCGUUGCUGUUAAAACCAGCACAGUGAAUGACUCUGAUCCUUCUCUCCAGUCAGUGACUCAGAUGGAUGAAGAAUCUGCUCAAAUCAACUCUCCUCAACAGAUGACCAGAGUUGCUGUUAAAACCAGCACAGUGAAUGACUCUGAUCCUUCUCUCUCCAGUCAGUGA